AUGGAUCAAUUACUGGCCUAUCUGGACUCUCGAGAGACUACUGAUUCUACAAACAAUAACAACAACAAGAACAACCACACCAUCCAGCAGCAGAACUCUUCAAGUCUUUUGCCUUCUCAUGAAAAAGAAGAAGAAGGCAAUCAUGAUGUUCUUCUCAUGGAUUCCGACUUGGAUCCAAAUACAACAACACCAACACGAACAACAACAACCACAACAAGACUUUCAGAGACUCAUCUGCUAUCGUACUUGCAAGAAUUAAAACAACAACAACAAAAGCAAAAUCAAAAUUCGAAGGAGGCUCAUCAUCGUUGUGAUGAGGAAAAGCCUUUAUCGGAAUGGAAUGAAUUGGAUGUCAUGAUCUUUUUGGCUUUUCAUGAAAUUCCUCCAUCGGUCAUUGAAAGAUAUAAAGAAUGGAAUGGGGAGAAAAUUAGGAUGAAAUUACGAGAAAUGAUGAAUCCAGAACAACAACAACAACGGCAUCAUCGGAAUGAUUCUACUAUGGCGUGUGAUGGUGAUGAUGAUGAGGUUUUGGAAUUAAUUCGGAAAUAUGUGGUGCACAACCUUGAUGAAUGA